AUGGAUCUCGUCGGGUAUUCUGACUCCGAAGGUUCAGGGGACGAAAAUCCACAGCCAAACCCCACCAAGACCGCCCCAAAUCCUACUGCCAGCCGAACAACUUUCGCCGUUGACAAGACUAAUCCAAGAAAGAUUCAGGUGAAAUUACAAGACACCAGUGCCCUAGAUGUGGAAGAACCUGCUGCCAAAAGACCAAGAGUCGGAGCUGGGACGUUCAGUGGCUUCAACUCCCUUCUACCUCCGCCGAAGCGAGACUCCGAUGCGAAGACAUCGUCAAAGCCUGCUGCGAGGAAAGUCUUCAGCCUGAAGACUGGUGCUGAACCAGGUUUCAGUCGGGAGUCUGAUGCGGAACUACGGAAUCUUUUUGCAGAAGAUCGGGAGCCCCGGAAUGGUACACCGGGCGUGACAUCAGGAACAACUACGAUACAAACCCCUUCAGUGGUUAACACAGAGCAGCCAGUCAAAGGCAAUGCAUUCAUGUUCAAGCCUUUAUCGGUUGCUAGAGGGAAGAAACAGAAGAAGCCGGCCUAUACAUUUUCAAAGGUACCAACCCCAUCCGUUGCGGCCAAAUCUGCCGUUUCGACAGCUCAGGAUGCGCAACCAGAUCCAAUCCCUCCACCCAAGAAAAUCAGCUUAUUUUCCAUUGGAACCAAUUCGGACUCGAAAGAAGAUGUUCCGGCUCCAGAAAUCGAUGAUUAUCAGGAGGAAGAACCUAACGGCGUGGACACCAACGACUACCACACUGAGGCACUUGUUCCUACCACAACUUCAAUGAACACCGGUGCUCAAUCUCUUGAUUCAAUCGCCUCAGAUCUGAAUUUAUCAGAAGCAGACCGACGGCAACUGUUUGGUCGAAGAAAGGGCCAACAGUCGUCAGGGUCUGCUGUCAAUGUUGUAAAUUUCAAUACUGAUCAGGAAUAUGCCGCCAACGAAGUUCUUCGUGCCAGUGGAGAACAGGUCCAGCAUAAUCCCGUUCGCGCAAUCGCUUCUGGCAAGCACAGUCUGAAACAAUUGGUCAGUGCAGCUACGAAUCAAAAAGAUGCUUUAGAGGAAAGCUUUGCUACAGGUAGGAAGAACAAAAAGGAAGCAGGAAGCAAAUAUGGUUGGUGA